CAGUUUCUUCACAUUUUCAUAAAAGAAAAGAAAAUUCAUGUAUUUAUAUAUAAAAACCUGAUUUGUGUGCACGUUCAUUGGCUCUCUUUUAAUGGGCGUUUCUUAAGAGUGUUUCCGGCGCCCCUAGUGGUCAGUGACGAGAGCGCAGCAUCAGCUCAGUCUGCCGCUCACCUGCAGGAGGGACAGGUCUCCACCACAGCAUCUCUGCUCCUCAUGAGGAUCUGCUGAAGGGGAGGUUCUUUUAUUUUGAAAUCCUGGGUCCCGCCCACAUUUUAAUGAAGAUCGUUGGAUUUGUGGUUGUUGAUCAAACAUGGUGAUUCCAGAUAAAACCUCUGGAACGCCGGCUGCCAAGAAGGUCCCCGAGCGGCGCCUCCUGCGGCCCCAGAGCCUGCCCUCCCCAGCCCUGUGUUGCGCCUGCGGCCUGUGCAUAAUGCUCGCCGGCAUCAACAUCACUCUGGUGGGGGCCUUUUCUUUUGGCACGUUCCUCCCCAGUGGAAACCCGCCCAUCGUCAUCGGGCCUCUUCUCCUGCUGGUGGCUCUGGCUUUCUUCACGGCCUGCUGCAUGGUCAGCAGAAGACCCUCCGCCCACAUGGCAAGAACCGCCAAGGCGGGGGAAAAGUGGGGGCUGAUGCGGAUGGGGGCCACGGCUUUUGAAAUGGAGGCCAGCGAGCACACGCUCCAGGACACCACGGCGGUCCAGCUCAGCCCCACAAACUCUCCAAGCUCCUCCCACAAGUCCAGCUCCAGCCAUGUGGACGCCGCCGCAGCCCCGCCCACCUGUCAGGAUGGACUCGGUGACCUGACGGUUUCUGACGGGGGGAUCGCUGAAGAGAAACCCAGCCUGACGUGUGACAGCACCAAGCUGCUGCUGGAUCAGAACACCUGGUCUGCAUAGAUGUUGAAAUCUUCCAGGAUUUGGGAUGGAAAAAGAUCAAAAAUAAGCAUAAACACAAAACAGCAGACGGACAUCUGAGGGGUCCUGGAGGUUUUGGAGACAUGUGAUGAACCACGAGGACACUGAACCCUAACAUCCACUUUAAAUUCCAAACUGUAACAUCUAUCUUUAAUUCAAUCUCUAGCAUUCAUCUUAAAUUACAAACCCUAACAUCCACUUUAAAUUCCAAACUCCAACAUCAACCUUUAACUCAAAAUCCUAACAUCCAUCUUAAAUUCGAAAUUCUAACAUCCACAAACAAUUCCAAAUCCCAACUUCCACCUUAAAUUACAAACUCCAACAUCCACCGUAUAUUACACACUCUAACAUCCACAAAAAAUUCCAAAUCUUAACGUCCACCUUGAAUUGCAAACUCUAACAUCCACCUUUAACUUUUAACCGUAACAUCCAACCGAAAUUCCAAACUCUAACAUCCACCUUAAAUUCCAAAUCCUAAUCUCCACCUUAAAUUCUAAACUCUAACAUCCACCUUUAACUCUAAAUCCUAACAUCUACCUUAAAUUCUAAACUCUAACAUCCACCCGAAAUUCCAAAUCCUAAUCUCCACCAUAAAUUCUAAACUCUAACAUCCACCUUUAACUCUAAAUCCUAACAUCCACCUUAAAUUCUAAACGCUAACCUCCGCCUUAAUUUCCAAAUCCUAAUCUCCACCUUAAAUUCCAAACUCUAACAUCCACCUUAAAUUCCAAAUCCUAAUCUCCACCUUAAAUUCUAAACUCUAACAUCCACCUUUAACUCUAAAUCCUAACAUCCGCCUUAAAUUCCAAAUCCUAAUCUCAACCUUAAAUUCUAAACUCUAACAUCCACCUUUAACUCUAAAUCCUAACAUCCACCUUAAAGUCCAAACUCUAACAUCCACCUUUAACUCUAAAUCCUAACAUCCGCCUUAAAGUCCAAAUCCUAAUCUCAACCUUAAAUUCUAAACUCUAACAUCCACCUUUAACUCUAAAUCCUAACAUCCACCUUAAAUUCCAAACUCUAACAUCCGUAAAUUCCAAAUCCUUAUCUCCACCUUAAAUUCUAAACUCUAACAUCCGCCUUAAAUUCCAAAUUCUAAUCUCCACCUUAAAUUCCAAACUCUGCCCUCCACCUUAAAUUCCAAACUCUAACAUCCACCUUAAAUUCAGAGCUCUAGCCUCCACCUUAAAUUCCAAACCCACGUUGUUGUGCAUGUUGUGUUUGUUGGUGUUGGUUCAGGAUGUCGUUCCGUGUCUGCCUCUCUCCUCAUGGAUGAGUCCACCUUAACCAGGACCAGAAGUAGGAGGAGCUGACGGUCUCUCAGCUGAUCGUCAUCCUGGCUGCUGUGAUGAAGCGCGUCCAGCUGAGCGUCUCUGAGUGUCUUUGACCUCUGACCUUGAGGUCAGCCUGUCUUGCUGGCUUAUUCAUCCAGAGGAGAUAAGGUGUUGGUUGAAUAAAUGUUUGUUGUUCUGCA